AUGGCAUCAACUCAAAGUCCACCAUCUGAUAACAUCUCUUGGUGCAUCUAUGUUGGAACAAUUACCACCAUUGUACCUGCUACUAUCGUGGUGAUUCUACGAUAUUUUGCUCGGUAUGUUGCUAGAGCUGGGUUCUGGUGGGAUGACUAUACUAUCGUGGCGGCGCUCAUAGUUAAUUGGGCUCUCGCAGCAGUAAAAUAUGUGCAGGUUGCGAAAUACGAUCUGGGCCAAAAUGGUGCCGUUCUACCACCCGAUCAACUCUCAGGUCUAGGAAAGAGCUUCCUAGCUACGCAAAUACUAUACUUCACAAAUGCCGUUCUCACCAAGGCAUCCCUCCUCUUCCUAUACUAUCGCAUCUUUGGAGUUGUGAGGGGAUUCCGCUGGACCCUUGGGAUCUCCGGGUGUUUAGUGAUCGGAUAUUACAUUGCCUGUGUGAUUGCUACAAUGGCUGGUUGCUCACCAAUCUCUAAACUUUGGGAUUCCACAAUUUCAGGAAGAUGUAUCAAUGAAAUUGCCUUCUUCCGAUGGAAUGGUGUUGGCAAUAUGCUCUUGGACGUUUUGAUUCUUUGCCUCCCAUACCCGAUGGCAUGGCGCUUGCAAACAACUUUGCGACAAAAGUGGAUUCUCACUGGCAUAUUUCUGCUUGGUGGCUUUGUUUGUGUCGUUUCCGUUCUUCGAAUUACAAGCUUCGAUUUCAGCACGCUGGACAAUACUACAUAUGUCAGCGUGAUACCCUCGACCUGGUCCUCCAUUGAACAAUCGGUUGGGAUUAUCUGCGCCUGUAUUCCAACUCUUCGGCCUCUUCUCAGGCUGCUAUAUGGCAGCUCUGUCAAGAGCAUCCGCAAUAGAGACAGUGCAUCAUCCAAUUUUCCUCCAAGAGGACCCUUUUCUGGCAAGCAGUCCCAGAAUGAUGAAGAAAAUUCUCUUGAUUCUUUACAGUCUCCUACAUCUCCCACACCUCUCACCUCACAAGCCAGCCCGCAACACAUGCGAGAGUCAUCACUCCAGGAGAUGGAUACUGUUGAAGAGUCCCUUGAGGAAUUGGAUGGAGAGUAUGAAAGGCACAUUCCUCGGCCUGAAUCAUUUGCCUAG